AUGGAUGCCUCCACUUGGAAAAUGAACGGACCAGUGAAAAGUGGGCAGGGGCGGCGGGCUAGCCGCCCCAAGGUGGAGCAACCUGCGGACAGUGAAGCGGAAAAGAAGAAUUUUUGCCGCUUCUACAUCUGCGACUUGCUGAACAUGAUUUAUUCCACCUACAAAAAUACCAAGCCCAUGUACGUGCAUUUCGUGUGCUCCAAGGAGCGAGGAAACGAAAGCGAAGAGGAGAGCGGGCCUUCAAGCGGUAACAAAAGUGGAAGGAAACGUGGAAAUACAUUCGAAAAAAAAACUCAAAGGAGAACCGUUUUUUCCGGAAGGAAAGGUUUCCAGUACACCCCCAACUCAGUGCUGGAACAAUAUUUCCCUGAGCACUUUAAGAACGUGCACUUCCUCUGUGCACAUUAUGCUAUGUGGGCAAAUGAGCCCUGUAAUGAAGACAGUAAAUGGGAUUCCCUCAAGAGAGGAAACCGAAAGGAUGGAUCAGAGAAACAAAGAAGAAGGGGGGGUAUCACCGACAGUCAUGUUGAACAAAUUAACGUAACCUAUCGGAAGGAACAGACAUUUUACUUUAUUUUUACAUUUUUCAUGUAUCCAAAUUUUUUGUGGGAAGAAAUUAACAUACCUAUAUUUCACCACAGGGGCUAUAUCGAGUGCAAAUUUGAUUGCAUCAGCAAUUUCAUGAAAUUGAAUAACGGGGUGGAUUUGAUCAACCGCCUCAAGUUGCGGGCACAUAACCAGACCCUCAUUCAGUGCAUUCGAGGGGGUGCAACAAGCGGUGGCUCCCCUAACGGAGGUAAUCUCAAUACGGGCAUUCUCAAUGGAGUUAACUCCACGAAUCAGACAAGGGGAGAUGUGCACCCCCUGCCCUUUUUUAUCUCAAGUCAAUGCUUGCGCAAAAAUUACCAGGUGUGCCUCACCAGAGUGAUAAGCUUUAAUGAUAGGGGCGUGUACUGUAAGAGGGACCAGAGAGAGGACCUCCCCAUUCAACUUCUGCUUCUCAUUCAAAAGAAGCUACACAAAAGGUUAAAAAAUAUGGAAAGAGAAGCAGCGCUGAUGUGCCAUCUGAGAAGAAUCGAAACGAAAGGGGGAGGGCACACACAGGGACACCCUCCCAAGUUCGUUCUCGCCAAAGAGGACACACGAAAGACCAUUUCCGAUUUUAUUCCUACAAUCAAAAGUGAUGAUCAUUCCGAUGGUACCCCCCGAAGCAGUGGCACCAGAAGAGGGGAUCUCCAUGUGGAUGGUCUCAAAUCUAACCACUCCCCGGACAACCUCGCGGGUGUAGACUACGAGGAGAUUCAUAAGUUGAUCAAUUCCGCAGAAACCAUUUUCAAAAACAGAAUCUCAGAUCAGCAGUUGGAGAAGUUGCUCCUCCGCAUGCGCAACAGGGGGAAUGCCCACAGUCAGACAACAAGGGAGACUUUUCCCCACCUCCCUAAUCUCGCCAACAUUGCGAACGUGGUAAAUAUCAACAAGCUAGCCAACGUGGUAAAUAUCAACAAGCUAGCCAAUGUGGCAAAUAUCAACAAGCUAGCCAACGUGGCAAAUAUCAACAAGCUAGCCAACGUGGCAAACAUCACCAGUAUUCCUAAACUCGGAACCCCUAAUAAGGGUCUUUCACCUAGCGGGCCCAACUUCCCAAAAGAUGAAGCCAUGGAUGUCCAUCUAGGCCUCGAUGCAUAUUAUGAAUUCCUUCACUCCGGUAAAAAUGAAUUAAUAAACACGUUACGAGACUCUUGGCAGUUCGGUAUUGAUGUUAACAGGACGAACAAAAAGAGGAAAAUUGCGUGA